CGCUCCGGCCCGGGUGAUGAAUUCUGCAGAGCAAUGGCACUAGGAUAUGGAGGGAGUACGUUGGCAGUAUAUCUGCUGUGGCUGGGAUGCUCGACCAUCCAGUCAGUCUGAAGAACUGUUUCGCGAAGGACCGCUGUUCACGUAUUGUCCGUAUGUAGUCGCAAGAUACCACACACCCCGUUGUUAAUCUAUUUGGGUUGAGAAUUUGAGGACAUUGCAUCCUCCCCUUUAUCUACUAUUUCGGAAAAAAUGGAUCAAGUUUCACAACGGCAUUGUACUGAUGUACAACAAGGUGCAGACAGCACAAGUGAAUAUGACAGCUGUCUGAAUUGCCAGCGGAACUGCAGCCGUCGUCCAAGCCCAGCAACAAGACCGUCUGCAACAGCGCUGCUGGUAUUGCUAACGAUCACGUUAUGCAGCGUAUCUAUAACAUUAACGCCGUGUAUGGCGGCACCGCUGAGCGAUAGUAACAUACACCUGCCGGCCGUGACGUACCAUUACCAUUUCGUGAACUGGACGCCUUGCAGUGGAUCGUGUGGAGCAGGUGUUCAGUCUCCUAUCAUCAAGUGCCAGCGAGGCGUUGGGUCAGUGGACGACUGGGAAAACAUGGUGUUUGACAUCGUGGACGAUCAGUACUGUGUGCUGGCCGGUAAAGUCAAGCCAGUAAUCCAGACAACACGACCAUGCCGCCUCAAACCAUGCAUGCCAAACUCCUGGGUUAAAGGUCACUGGUCGCAGUGCAAUGCAUCGUGCAGUGGAGGGUAUAGGAGAAGACCAAUUAUGUGCUAUAACCCGAACACUAUGAGAAGUGAGCCAGCGUCGGAAUGCCGCAAGCCGAUACCACGUCACCUGCAACGCUGCAACACCAGUCCCUGCGACGGUCAGUGGAUGGUCGGAAAAUGGAACAACUGCUCUACAUCGUGUGGCAUUGGAGUACAUCAACGGCGAGUAGUUUGCCGAUCGUCGUCCGGAGUAAUAGUCUCAUCACAGUCGUCGCGCAGUGCAAUAUCCGAGCCUUCCGGCUGUCGUUAUCUGAUACAGCCGCCACGCACACAACUCUGCUGCAACUCGUCCGGAUGCCCAGCUGACAAACAGAAUAUCUGCACCAGUCCACCAGCAUCCGCAUCUCCAGGCUCAACCACACCAUCAUAGCACAAGGCUCAGUGAAAUCGAGUAUUCAGAGGACACCGCUGUGGUGCUUGGCUUUUCAGGUCGGAUACAAAAAAAUCUGUUGUUGGCAAUGCCUUCACUGUACACGGUCCGCUGCAAUCAAAGCCGGCCGACUCGGUACCUAGCUCCCCAGGUCUGGGACAAGCAACCCUGAUGUGGCUGCUACAUGCCCAGCUGGGCUCGAGAAAAGACUGACGAUUGUCACCAGUGGAAACUGGACUAUACUGGAUGUUGUCAGUGGCAACGAAGCGUCACUGUCGCUCAUGGCAACCAAGCGUUACUGUCGCUCAUGGCAAUCAAGCGUCAUUGUUGCUCUUGGCAACUAAGUGUCACUGUUCCUCAUGGCAACCAAACACCACCGUCGCUUAUGGCAACUAGUACAUCUCCUCCUGGAUAUGACAAUUCUAUGCGUCACCGUAGCUGCAACUGGAAGCUGACAGAGUACACCAAUCAUCCAGCAGUGCCAGGUCAUGUGAUCGCUGCCUUGGCCACACACCGAAAUCUGUGUGAGUGUUACAGUCCCUGGAUGAAGUAGAGUAGAGAGCUAUUAUCUUCACUUUCCCCUUCUGCCAAGAUCAACAGCCUGUGAGCCGUGUUCUUGUUCUUGCAAGCUAUCUUGUCACUCAGUGUGCAUCAGCCUUCUGAACUAUUCCUGCUGGGCCGUCACACAACAAUAAUUAUGGACCUCUAAUUGAUUCCAGUGCAUGGCAUUUCAGCAUCUAACUGCGAUCUGCCACAGAAUUCAUUGGCUCCCCUUCUCGUCCCCUUCUCGUCCCCUUCCCGAACCGAUAGGCUCCAAGACCCGUUUGUCAAUCCUAUAUAAAUCGUCAAACAAUCAUCCAGUCAAACAAUACAGUCUACUAUACAUUUCGAAAGGUUCCCGUGGAAUCUCUUUCCUUCUUGAGACCCUAUUUAAUCAACCUUGAGAAACUGAUUACAGGAUUACUGAAAGUACCAUUAUAUCAAAGUCAUUUUCAAAUAA